AUAUGAUAAGAAAGAAGAAAAAUUUUCCUGGUUUAGAGCUCUCUGGACUGGCCUCACCAUCUGAAGUGAGACCAAGCCAGGGUGUGAGAGAGGAGAGGUUCCUCAGGGAUCACGAUAGACCUGUCUCCUUUCUCCUCGUGCCUUCAGCCUUAGAGGAGAGGCCUCUGCGUUCUUUUCGCCCUUUAGGACUUGACUUGAUGUGUCCCUGUCACCUUAUUUUACAUACUAGCUUUAACACAUUUUUUAGAUUUUCAAUUAUACACGUAAAGAAGAAUUACUGAAAUAAAAAUGACACUAGGGACAAAAAAGACUUCUUAGAAGAGAAUUGAGUUUUGAAAUGAAUUUAGAAAGAAGUGGGGGAUGAUGCAGACCUAUAUAUAUAUAUAUCUAAGACCUAAAACAUUGGUAUUUGUCUCUUCAAUUUACCGUUGAAUAAAAAUUCAGCUCAUUUCCCAACAAACCAAAAGCUAAUAGAAUGUUAUUUAAAGCAAGUGCUACCCAUUGCCCAUUACUACAGCCACUUGGGUAAGAGCAGGGAACAGUUAUUUAAAAUCUGCCAAGGACCUUUCCAUCUAUUCUAUACCACCUACCUGCUGCCAGGCCUCAGUCCCUGGCUAGUCUAAGUGAUUACAUAUUUUAUUUUUAUGUUCUAAUUUUUUAAUUUUUAGGGCGUUGUCGUGCACCACCUGUGUACCAAUCUAUGAAGUUAAAGGGUACCCCUAAAGCUUCAUAUUUUCCUGGGGAGAAAAUAUCUUUUGAGUGUAAACCAGGAUACUAUUAUGCCUUCCAUCAUGCCCUCGAUUCCUUUUGUCAGCAAAAUAGCACAUGGCUCCCUGUUAAUAAAGCAUGUCACAAAAAAGUAUGUCCAACUGUAAAUGUACAAAAUGGUGCAGUGUAUGACCCACAAAUUGGCUUUGAAUUUGGUAAAGAAGCUCAUUUUUAUUGUGAUUACGGAGAUUUUGUGUAAAGCUCCGGGAAAAAUAAAAAAUGGAAAAUUCACAAAUAGCUGGAGGGGUGUAUUUGAAUUUAAUGAAGGAGUAACUUAUAGUUGUAAUCCUUCACAUGGACCACAGGCAUAUUCACUUGUUGGAGAGAACAGGCUAACUUGUUCUGGGCCUGGCAAAUGGAGUAGCGACCCUCCUGAAUGUAAAGUGGUCCGAUGUAGGCCGCCAGAACUAAAACAUGGAAAACCAGUAUCAGAAAUGAAAGGAACUUUUUUCUACAAAGAGGAGUUUUUAUUUGAAUGCCUGGAGGGUUUCUACCUUAACAGCAGUAACCCAGUGUUCUGUGGUGGAAACAGUACUUGGGAGCCUGAGAAGCCAGCGUGUAUUAAAGGUUUCACGUCUGCUUCAACCAAGUCUCCAUUUUCAGGAUAUCUAGGGUAUUCUAAACUUCGUCAAAUAACCUCACUUGAUGACAUUGUGGAAUUAGAACCAGGAACCAUUGCUCUGAUUAUUAUUAUUAUAUUUGUUGGCAUUGCAGUAACGUGUACCUGUGUAUACAAAUGUCUUCAUGGAGGGAAGAAAGGGAUGAAAGCUUCCACUUGUCUUCAUUACAAGAAGUUGUAAGAAGCUAUGUAAGCUGAGAAUGACAGGAAAGAAAAUUUUUUUCCAUGCAAAUGAAAAUUAAAGAAAAGCCGAGUAGCAGUACUCAUCUCUGAUAAAAUAGACUUAAAAGGAACGCCAUAACAAGAGACAAUAAAGGUCACUACAUAAUACUAAAGGGAUUGAUACAACAAGAGGAUAUAACCCUGGAAAACAUAGAUGCACUCAAAGGUCAAAGAGCAAAACAUGCAAGGCGUUCCUCUAGAACAGCUGCUCUGACUCCACUCUAAAACGGCCCCACUUAUGUCAGCUUUUACAAUGAUUUCUUUUUAUAUUAAUUGUCUGGUUUUGGCUAUGUAAUAAAUGUACAUUUUU